AUGAUUUGUGCACAACUGGCGGGCUUGAGUGGCAUAGUUCUAGAUAGCUUUUGCCAGGAGUUGGUUUUGGCAAUUUUGCCGGAAUUACCAAGCCUGGCAUGUGACCCGCACGGUAUCCAAGUCCUCAAACAACUUCUUGCAUUGACCUCCCUGAACGUCGAGCUCCGUAUGAAGCUGAUCCAUCGCUUGCAAGGAUCUCUGUUCAAGCUGACCAAGGACAAACAUGGAUGUUGGCUUGUGCAACAAGCACUGCAGAGUGCACCUUCAGAGCUUCAGUCGGCCUUUGCGCUGGAGCUGAAGGGCAAGGUUUUGCAAUGCAGCCAGCACUUGCAUGGCAACUUUGUCCUGCAGAAAUGCGUAGAGCUUCUUCCAACUGAUGCUGUGUCCUUUAUCAUCAUGGAAUUGCAGGACCACGUAGUGGAGGCAGCGCUGCAUGUGUACUCUUGCCGUGUCCUACAGAGACUCAUUGAACACUGUCAACACUGGCGACUUGAGAUGAGCAACCUUUUGAAUUCACUCUUGCAAGAGGACUCUCUGAAAAGGCUGAUCAUUGAUCCGUAUGGCAACAACGUCGUACGUGCAAUUUUGUCGUGUGGAAGUGCUGUGCAUGUGCAACAGAUUGUGGAAGCAUUGGCCAGCGAGGAUACUGACUUGCUGGCUUAUGCUCGGAAUCGGCAUGCAAGCCUUGUACUAGAGAAAUGCCUAGAAGCAAUGAACGAGCACUGCGACGAUGCUGAAGUACUACAAUCAGCUAGAGCCAAGCUGAUGGGAGCACUUCUAGGCGAUGGUGAUGAGACUGUGACUCCACCGUUUGCGCAAAUUGCGUUAGACCGGUUCGGGAACUACAUUGCCCAGAGAGUGAUCGAUAUUUGUCAGGCUGAUGAGCAACAGCGAGUCUUGAGGCUUUUGGGCAGUCUGGGUCCAAAGUUGCGGCGGGCGGCGAAUGGCAGGCAUAUUUUGCAAGCUGCUCGGAAGAAGUUUGGCUCAACACUUAGUGUUACUGGAGCUGCGUCGGAGUGA